CUGAAACAACCUGAUCAGUACAGCCUGGCUAUUUACGUAGACAACCGUUAUCUUUCUGAGUCUGAUAGUAAGUUUGUAUCCCUUGUGAUUGAGGAGCUUACCAACUAUGCCACAAAUGCAGUGAAAGAGAGGGUCCUCUUGUUCCCUCCAUUCAACAGUUAUUAUCGCCUGUUAAUACACAAAACUGUCGAAGCUGAUUUUGACCAGCUCCACAGUUUCUCAAUUGGCUCCGAUAAUCAACGUCGUACUGUUGUUUGUCGUUCAGACGCCAUGCUGCAGAAUGGUAUCAGUGAACCAAUAUCAUCUGCAGGAAGUCGUCCCCUUAGGGGACGUGGUCGAGGUCGUUUAAUACAUCCAGUUAACAGCAGUGUGUUUAACAAGGAACCAUUGCCAGUUGUCUUAAAGAACCAGAAAGAUGAUGAGAAAAUCAAAUACUGUUCAGACUCCACAAAUACAUCAAGAGCAAAGCAGAAAAAGCCUGAACAGCAGCUCUAUAUACCAAGACCUCGUCGUAUAAAACAGCAGCUUUACCAGGAUACUGACAACUAUCAACAGCAGCAACAGCAGCAGCAACAGCAGCAGCUGCAGUACUCUACUGAGGAGGAAGAUGAUAUACGAAGUGGUCAAGCUCCCUACCAACAUGAACUGUCAUCAAGUCUAUGCAACACUGGCCAGUCGUCACUGCCUGCUCGUAAAAACACUUCCAAAAACGGAUGUAACCUGAAAAAAAAUCGGCGUGAAGUGGAAAUCUAUGUGCCACGUGCCAAGCGCCAAAUGCAGUUACAGAGUGGAGGAGGAGGUUUUGACGUCAGUUCAAAGAGCAUUCCUCCUGCAGACUGUCGGGAACCCACCUCACCUUUAGACAGGAUAUCGAAAGAUUACGACAUAGAAUCUUUGUCAGUGAAUAAUAGUAAUAAUAUUAAUAAUAUGAAUAGAUCUGCAAGAUGCCAGGAUGCUGGUUGUGAUAUAUAUUUUCAGUUAUCAAGAUCACAUCAUGGUUUAGAAGGGUUUUCUCCUGGAAUUAAGGACACUAACUCAGGAGUUCCUUGUAAUUUUUCCAAUAACGUUUCUCAUAAGAGUGGCAAAGGUAAACGUUAUGAAUAUCAUUGUAAUUCCUCAUCAGCAGAUUUUGGCUAUUCAGAUAAAGACUCGCUGUCACCUUUGUCGUUGAAAUCUCAAUCGGUUGCUGGCAACCACGACAGAGAAAGCAGUUCAUUCCACAGACCUGCUGCUGGUGCUGCUGCUGUUGCUAUCCAAAGAACUCGAUCUCCUGAAACAAGAGCCAUUAUCAACAAAGUGUCGCGUAGGGAUGGCAUUAGCCAAGAAACUUCGAAUCACAAUCACAGCACUUCAAUGUCUGCUCGAAAAUACUCAAAAGAAGUUUCCCCAACACCCAACACUCUACAGAAUACAAAAACCGAUCUGUCGAGUGCGUUUUCUCCAGAAUCUACGUGUGAUUCUGACUCUGACAUCAAAUUGCCGAAUGCGUUGUUUGUCCCCAGUAAAGACAAUACACCUCUUGAGCCGUUCACCUUGGCUCAAGGAGAUGAAGACCAUCGGUCAUCUGCUGGAAAAACUGUUCCAAAUCAAUGGAAUGAGAGUUCAGCUAGUGUGACAAGGGAGAGAACUCUGCCGAACGCAAAUUCUCUAAGCACAAAACAACAUUCUGACUCGACGAACUCUGAAAAUGUCCAUGCUCCUUCAUGUGACCAAACAGAAUCGGAAGAAAGUUCAGAAACAGAAGCAGACCUUUCUCAAUCUCACCUAGAAAAUAUGAACAGUUCACAGCAUGACUGUAAUUCUUCUAAAACUAGCAUAAAUGAAAGUUAUAGCAAUGCUUGUGAGCUUUCUACAACUGAUCAACAACAGGAGUCAGAACUAUCUUGCUCAACAAACUGUGAUUGUACUGGUUCAGGAGGUGAGAGCUCUUUGGACAGAUCUUCUCCUUCUUCCUCAAAAUUAGAUCAGUGCGAUGGUGAUAUGAAUUCUAAAUUCAAAAGCAGCACUAAGACCACAACUACACCUAGUAAUGAUUCGACUUGUUCGUCAGAGAGUACAGCCAAAACAGAGAAGUUUUCUCCACAGAUGGCUACGUCUACAGCAGUUGUUGAUGAUGAGUCAUGGGAGGCAUUAUAUGAUGACAAUGGAGAUUGUUUGGAACCUCAAGCUUUGGAAGAGUUGACAACCAACAUUGGGAAGGUGCAAAUUCAGAAAAAUAAAAUUAAUUAUUUGGACUUUCAACCAAAAGAUACCGAAUUAGAUUACAAAGCUUAUGAUCACGUACUUGAAGUUUUUGAUUUCUCUUCUGAGCUACAAACCCGAGAUAUAAUUAGUGUGUUUUCAAAUUUUAAGGAACGGGGUUUUGAUAUCAAAUGGGUUGAUGAUACUCAUGCUUUAGCAAUUUUUAAUAGCCCUGUUGCUGCUAAUGAUGCUUUGGCCCAAAAUCACCCACUUUUGAAAGUACGGCCAAUGUCAGAAGCUUCUAAAAAGUCUAAACAGAAAGCUAAACGUUGUACUGAGUUUCUACAGCCUUAUAAACCAAGGCCAGAAACAUCAGCUAUUACAGCUCGCCGGAUGGUUACAGGAGCUCUUGGUCUUACACCUCAUAUUUCUAAACAGAAACGAGAUCAAGAACGCCAGCAACUAAAAGAAGCUAGAGAAAAGAAACGGCAGGACCGACUGACAAAGAAUUCCAUCUGGGAUGGGAACAUAGGAAAGUGUGCCAUGGACACUGGUGAUAAUUAAACUGUCUCACUGGAAACCCUUAUCGCUGUGUCCACAGUGUCUACCAUGGCAAAACAGUUGGAACUCACUGACUAUUAGUUUGAGACCUAGAUGUCUGUCUCUCUGUUCCCUUCACUCACCUCUCACCCACCCAAUUCUCUCUCUUUCCACCAUCCUCCCCACCAUGACUUCAAGCUUCACCCUCAUCAUCAUCAUCAUCAUCAUCAUCAUCAUCAUCCUCUCAACUAAAUAGAUUUAAUAACGUUGGCAUUGCUUGGCUACAGCCAAUUGAAGCCAGAGACAACUAGAUUACACUAGUCCCUCUCCAUGAAAACAUCUGCAGUGCAUGCAUAUUGUUAAAGAGGACAACAAGUGUUAAGGCAAGGCAAACAUCUCAAGUCAUAUACAUUAUUAUUAUUGGAAAAAAAUUCAGUCUUACAGCUGUUUCUGGGAUAUUCCAGAAUAUCCCAUAGGAGGGACUUGAGAUGUUUGCCUUGCCUUAAUGUUUGUUGUCCUCUUUAACAAUUAUAUAUCUGCUAUAUCGGAAAUCUACAAUAGCUCCAUAACUACCAUCUCGGCUUAUAACCUUGGAGCCCAUUUCGGCACUUACCUAGCAUACCUAGUCAUUUAGAUCACCUGUGAACUAAACACCCAUAUUUUAUAUAUAUAUAUGUGUGUGUGUGUAAUAUGUAUAUAUGCCUGGAUAUAUAUAAUAUAUAUAUGAU